AUGGCCGCCGCGACGGGUGACGCAAAGCUGCGUGUGGCGGCGUGCAACGGCACGGGCAGCAGCGGCGUAGCGCCGACGGGUGUGACGAGGGUGUUCUGCGUGGUGUGCGGGUGCGGGUGCGGGUGCGGGUGUGGGUGGGCAGCGGCGCGCGUCGCUGCGCCGGCCAGUCGUCGGCGCGCCCCCGGCCGAGCGCCCGCCGGCACCGCGCCGCAGCCGAGCGAGUGCGCCCGGCCCCGCCCGCGGCACUCGCCCGCCCGCGCGCCGCCCGCCCCG